AUGGCGGCGGCGGACGGGGGCGGCCCGGAGCUGGAGCCCCCGCGGCGCGGCUCGGCCGAGCCCGAACCCGAACCCGAGUCUGAGCCGGAGCCGGAGCUGGCGCUGGCGGCCGAGCUGUCGGCGCGGCGCAGCGCGGAGGCGCGGCAGCUGGUGCUGUCGCCGCGGCGGCUGUCGGGCCCGCUGCCCGCCGGGCUGUCGCAGUGGUUCCCGGCGCUGGAGGUGCUGGACGUGAGCGGGACGGGGCUGACGGAGAUGGGCGCGGAGCUGCUGUCCCUGCCGUGCCUGCACACGCUGCUGGCCAAGAACAACCGGCUGGGCGGGCCCGGGUCGCUGCCCAAGGGGCUGGGGCAGGCGCCGCUGGCGCGCUCCCUGCGCGUCCUGAACCUGAGCGGGAACAGCUUCACCGACGUGCCGCCCGUGCUGCUGCGGCUCCGCGGGCUGCGCAGCCUCAGCCUCGGCGGCAACCGCCUCCACAGCAUCCCGCCCGACAUCCAGGAGCUCCGCAGUUUAGAGUUCCUAUACCUUGGAGGGAAUUUCAUUACUUCAAUUCCACCUGAAUUAGCAAAACUGCCUUCUCUAAAGUAUCUAGUUCUGUGUGACAACAAGAUCCAGAGCAUUCCACCUCAGCUGGCACAGCUGCAUUCCUUGCGUUCCCUUAGCCUGCACAAUAACCUUCUGACUUACCUCCCUCGAGAGAUCCUUAACCUGGUUCACCUAGAGGAGCUGAGCUUGCGUGGGAACCCGCUGGUGGUUCGGUUUGUCCGUGACCUGACCUACAACCCCCCGAGCCUUCAGGAACUUGCAGGACGCACAGUCAAAACUCGCAAUGUUCCCUACGCUCCCAGCGAUCUCCCGGAGACUCUUGUCCGGUAUCUGAGCUUGGCCAGCAACUGUCCCAAUCCUAAAUGUGGAGGUGUCUACUUUGACAGCUGCGUCAGACAAAUCAAGUUCGUUGACUUCUGUGGGAAGUAUCGCCUCCCGCUGAUGCACUACCUGUGCUCCCCAGAGUGCUCCUCUCCCUGCAGCUCUGCCUCCCAGAGCUCUACUUCCCAGAGCGAGUCUGACUCUGAGGAUGAGGCCAGCGUCGCUGCGCACAGGAUGCAGAAAGUCCUUCUGGGAUAACAGGGAGCGAGAGGGGAAGACAGGAAGGAAAACAGAUUUGAAAAGCGAUAAUGGAACAGCGAAGCAUGAGCCACUGGCCUGAAGGGCUCAUGAGAAAUUGUCCUCGAGUCCAUGCAAGGGGCAGACCAUCUUAGCAAGCCUAGACUUGCUUGGUGCAGUGCUACUUAGUAGAUCUAACUCGGUAGCAUACUGCCUGUAGGUUGCCUGGGGUUGUUAGGAAUGUCUCCUGGCUGGGAGACACCCUCCCUCCCUCCCUCAGACGGGCAGGGGAGGGGGAUUUGUUCUCACUGGCGGAUUCAGAAGGGUUUUAAUACAUGAAGCUUCACUGGACUUUGGUCAUCCUGCAUAGCAAAGGAGACUGUCCAGAUCCUUUAACACUGUGGUAAAUCAGAAACAGGCUAAUGAUGCCAUGUGAGUACGUAUGGACCCCAGUGUUCUGUACAGCAGUUCCAUUCUUUUCUGUCUCCUUUGAUUUCAGUUACAGAUUUUACACCCAUCCACUGAAAAUGAAGAUUGAAAUGUUUUGUUCAGGACUAUUUCAAGCCCUGGUUACUCUUCCUUUGCCUAGAGGUGUAGCAUCUCUGAGCUGUUAUAGAUGUUAUAGCCAUCAGAAAACUGAAAUACCUUUCUUCUCCCUUGUUAUACUAAGCUGCUCUUAGUUCUCACUCUAACUGUACUUGUUAUUUUUCUUCCCCUUGCCUCUUCCCAUUACUCCUGGAGUGUUGCUGUCUUUAUGAUGUCUUCAGAAAACAGAGAAGUUGUUCUGCUGAGACUUCGUAUUACUUCAGACUUGUGGCCAUGUGUGCCUGUGCAAGGGACCAGAUGUGGUGCUCUCUGUCGCACUUUUGAGCCUCAGCUUACCCAAAGCAGAUCUGCUUUUAUAUCUGUGAAUUGCAGGAAAGGUCUUGACUGGCAGUCUUUGUUUAUGAACAGCCACGCUUCCCCUGCUGCAGUUAGCUCUGCUGUGCUUGGUAGAGUUACUUUCCAUCUUUUAGGUCAUCUUACUAAGAUACACAGCAGCUUAAUGGAAGUACCAAGGGAAGUGCUGUGGAGAAUGUAUUUUCUCCUGAUUCAGAACAUGAGAGGAAAAGCCAGGAGGGAAGCAAAGGCACGUUGUCUGAGCAUCUUGCACGAGGUGGUUUGGAAACGUCUUCCUUAUUUAUUUGUUUGCAUUUGCUCUUGUUUAAUAGCUGUGGCAGUCUGUUGGAUGGUUCAAAUAACACGUUCAGUUAUCUUAAACUAGGUUUAAAGGAAGGCUGCGGAAAACAGCUCACCAUUUUUAUGCAUCAAGAAAUUCCUUAUAAAAUUAAUAUUAUUAAUUGAGAGGUAUCUAUAAAUCUACUUUAUGAGGCUGUUGUUUGUUUUGCUCAGUGAGAGCUGCCCCCUUUAUUAAUAUUUCAUGGUAAACAAUCCUUUUGAUGCAGUUUCUGAUAGAGCAAAUCCAACUGUGCCUUUGAAUGCAUUAACAGAGCAAAAAACAUUAUGUUAAGAAGCUGAAAUGAACAAGAAAAACUUCCCUUAACCCACUUUGGCCCUACAGGGGAAAUUAAAAACCUGUGCUCCCCUCCUGUAUUCUGAAAACACAUGUACCUAUUUGAACAUCUUAGGGCAGCUCUGUGUUAAUGGUCCUGUUUAAUUAUCUUUGACACUUUAUAUAUUAAAGCACUUUGAUAAUUCUACUCUUUACAACUAACUUUAGUGAAUUUUUUUUUUUUAAUUAGACUAUAUUUUCCUUUCAUGUGACCU